AUGGCUACGAAAUCUUAUGACUAUCUUAUAAAACUCCUUCUCAUUGGAGAUUCUGGCGUCGGAAAGUCGUGUCUACUGCUGCGAUUUUCUGAGGACUCUUUUACGCCUUCAUUCAUUACGACUAUUGGCAUCGACUUCAAGAUUCGUACUAUUGAACUCGAUGGAAAGCGCAUCAAGCUCCAAAUUUGGGACACUGCUGGCCAAGAACGAUUCCGGACAAUCACUACGGCGUAUUAUCGAGGCGCCAUGGGUAUCCUGCUUUUGUAUGAUGUGACAGACGAAAAGUCUUUUGAAAACAUUCGCACUUGGUUCAGUAAUGUCGAACAACAUGCUAGCGAGAAUGUCUUCAAGAUCCUUAUUGGAAACAAAUGUGAUUGCGAAGAACAAAGACAAGUAACGUAUGAGCAAGGACAGGCUCUCGCUGAAGAACUUGGUAUAAAGUUCCUGGAAGCCAGUGCCAAGACGAACGUUAACGUCGAUGAGGCGUUUUUUACAUUAGCUCGUGAAAUUAAGAAGCAAAAAAUUGACGCAGAGCAAGAAAGUUCCGCCCAAGCGUCCAACAUCGAUUUAAGCUCUAGUCGCAACAGCAAGCGCUGCUGCUAA